GCGCAUUCCGCCGCAUUCCGCCGCCAACCGUCGUCAAAUCACGUCAACAGAAGACAAGAAACCUGUUCCGCCAAAGAGGUUGGACGACGACGAUGACGACGAUGACGACGACGAUGAUGUACGCCGGUAAAGGUCUAACCGGACUGUUGUUGGUGGUCGCGUUCGCGGUGGCCGCGGAGGAAACAGCGGAGUUUCCGCGGGGCAAGCCGAGCCGGUUGUACCGGCCGAACAUGGACCAGAAGCAGCUGAUCGAGCACGUGAUGCUGUACGAGGAACAGUGGACGGACGUGCUGCAGGAACCGAUCAAGAGGCUUGGCGAGCCACCGUACAGGGGACGCGCGUUCGCCGCGCCACCGGUCAUCAAACGGGCCGCCGGGCAAGAGGACGACGUGCAACACGACGAUACGACCGUGUACAACGUCCGCGAAAUCGUGGCCACGGUGGUCUCGCAUUACAGCGGCAUCCGGUCGUUCGUCGAGUACGCGGCAAAGGCUGUGCGCCGGGCGCUGUCGUGCUACACGUUCCGGCGAGUGUUGUUCCAAAUGAUCAGCAUUCUGUUGAUGAUGACCAAGGAAGCCGAUGCGAUAGUCGUGCUGACCGCGGCCGACGCACUGAAAAGGAACGCGGCCGCGUACAUGGACCUGCUGGCCGCCGUGCCCGACGACGACCUGACCGCGCUGGUUCGCGUCUACUGGGAGGCCGUCAACGUCACGCAGUACGACGAAAUACAGCACUUGAGGGGACAGCCGUACCCAAAACAGUUGUUGCAGAGCGUUAAAGAGUUGAGCAUUAAUUUUGAGGAGUACAUUGAGGACCAGUGUCACAGUCAGCUGACCAGCGACGAGUUAUUCCUGCAGAUGGGCAUCCGGAAGAAGACGCCGCUGAUCACGGAUCCGAACCUGGAUUUGCUAGUGAAGGUCGAAGACAUGGUGAAGAUGAACAACGACCAGUAUAUAUACAUGAGCCGGUACGGCGUAAACCUACGAACCGUCACCAUGCACAGCAAUCUAUGGUCGACGCUGUACUUUAACAAAGGACCUCUGCCCCAGAUGAAAAGCGACCUGAUCGAUACCACCUCGAUGGUGGCGAAUGAGAUGAAUAAGACGAGUGAAGCCGACCCGGACCAUGAUCCUGCAAUCAAAAUCGACAGGGUAUAGGCAAUCGCAGAUUGAAUACGCCAUCAAGUCUUUAUUGAUUAAUUAUUAUUAAGUUUGUUUCGUGUAAUGUAAUUAUUGUUAUUAGUGUGUUUAAAUAUUUUAUGUUUACGGGACCGUUUUGUUUAUUAUCAGAGAUUUUAAUAUUUUAUCAAAUGUCAAUCAAUUAAUAUUAGAAAAUAUUUUACGAUAGUAUAUAUAUAUAUAUGUAUAAUGUAUAUAAAUACGUACGAUAAUAUACCGUUGUCAAAAUUCGUUAAUAUUUCA